UAAAAAUUUAGGCAGAAGCAGAGCUCAGACAUCUGUGUAGUUUCUAGCUAUAGGUUCCUAGCUGUAGGUUCCUAGCUGUAGGUAUCAGCUCGGGUUCUACUAUAGCCCGAAAGCUUCAUUUCGGAGAGCUCUAGAGCCCGACUCUAAAGUCUAUAUCUACGGGGUCGAACCAAGAGAUGCGCUGGAUGAGACUCAUCUAUCACUACAACUCUCAAAUAAAAUAAAUGCUCUCUGAUCAAACCUUCUUAAACCUACCCUGCACACAUCAGUCGCGCUUUUGAUAUCAAUCGAUUCCAUCAUGUCUCCCUCUCUCCCCAGAAUCGCCAUCGUCGGCGGUGGCCCCGCCGGCUUAACCACCGCUGUCCUCCUUCACAAGGACAGUAUCCCCUUCACCAUCUUCGAGCUCCGUCAGAAGCCCACAGACGAGGAGCUAGCCAAGCCAUCUGGAAUGCUCGAUCUACACGAAGAAUCCGGCAUCGCAGCUCUCAGAGAGUGCGGCCUCUUUGACGACUUUCAGAAGCUCACAGGCGAAUGCACCGAAGCGCAAAAAGUCGCAGACAAGGAUGGCAACAUCCUCUACAGAGACGAAGGCGAAAAGAGCGAGCGCCCUGAGAUCUCCCGCCACAACCUCACCAAGCUCCUCAUCUCUCAUAUACCCGCCGCCCAGAUCACGUGGGGCCGCAAGCUCCUCGCAGCCACCAGCUCCAUCACAGCGUCGAGGCAUACUGAGAUUGAACUCGACUUUGGACCCCACGGAAAGCAGACGUUUGAUCUGGUCAUCGGCGCAGACGGUGCCUGGUCCAGUGUUCGCAAACUGCUGACGGGCGUGAAACCGCGCUACGAAGGCAGACAAAACAUCACCCUAACUAUCCGGGAGGUCACGAAAAAGUACCCGCAUCUAUCGGACCUGGUGGGUACAGGCACUUUCGCCUCUCUCGGUGGCCGGCAUGGAGUUAUGUCGCAGCGUGGUCCGCAGGACUCAGCCCGCAUAUACAUCUUUCUCACGAUCGACGAGGAGAACUUCGCUACCAAAUCUGGCCUAGCGAGCCAGACAGCAACAGCUGCAAAAGAACGCAUUCUGAGUGACUCUGCGCUGAUAGGGGCCUGGGGCCCUGUCAUAAAGGAGCUGGUGACGGUGGCAUGUAAGGAGGAGACAGGCGACAACCCGGGAGCCAUGGUGGACAUCAAACCACUGUACGUUUUGCCAGUCGAUAAUGCAUGGGAACAUAGGACCGGCGCCACUAUCAUUGGGGAUGCGUCGCAUCUGAUGGGCCCCUGGGCCGGCGAGGGCGUCAAUCUCGCCAUGUGGGACUCACUGCUGCUAGCCCACGCCAUCGUCAAGGCGCACGAGACCGCCGGUAAGGAUGCUACGGCCUUUCAGAGGGCACUCGAUCCGCUGGUGAAGGAGUUCGAAGUCGACAUGGCGGCGCGCUCUAAGGAGAAAGCAGAGGAGUCUAAAAAGAACGGCGAGACGAUGUUUGGGGAGGAUGGAGCGAAGGCGUUUGUGGAAUUCUUCAACAUUCAUGGGCCACCGGCGGAGCAGGCAGCUAUUUAGAGCUAGGCUAUAGAGUAUUGUUGUAUCAAAUUGCUACCUGAAGGAGGCGGGAGUUUGAAUACGGUGGAUACUGCGUGUUAGGAGGGGUGUAUAUCUGUAAGAUCAAAGAGAGUGUAAAAUCAUAAUAAAGGAAAGAACGCCUAUC